AUGUUUAGAGGAAAGACACUCGACAUGGAUUACCACAAGCUUCAUUUGUGUGAAAAAAUCCUCAUGAAACUCUGCUCCAGUCAACUAUUUUUGCAAGUUUUUGUCAUAGUUUCCCUUCUUCCUCUGGUGUUUGCUGACCUGAACUCAGAUAAACAAGCUCUACAGGCUUUUGCAGCUGCUGUUCCACAUGGUUCAAAGCUCCAAUGGGACAAUUCUACUAACAUCUGCACAUCAUGGGUAGGCAUUACAUGUACACCUGAUGCCACUCGUGUCCUUAUUGUUAGACUUCCUGCAGUUGGACUUACAGGCCCCAUACCAUCCAACACUCUUGGAGAGCUUGAUGCCUUGAGAGUUCUCAGCCUUCGAUCGAAUUUCUUGAAUGGAAGUUUACCAUCUGAUCUCCUUUCCCUUCCUUCCCUCCGCUCUCUUUUCCUUCAACAUAACAACUUCACUGGUAACAUUCCAGACUUUCUUCCUCGCCGACUUCAUAUCCUUGAUCUAUCAUACAAUUUCUUCACUGGAAACAUUCCAGCAACUAUCCAGUUUCUCUCACGCCUUACCGGAUUAUUCCUCCAAAACAACUCCCUCUCUGGUCCAAUCCCAAAUGUCACAUUCCCAAAACUCAAACAUUUCAACAUAAGCAACAAUCAUCUCAACGGUUCUAUCCCUUCAUCCUUCAAAGCUUUACCAAGUGCAUCGUUUCUGGGAAACCCUUUCUUGUGUGGUGUACCUCUCAAGUCUUGUUUACACCAUCCUCCUUCCUCAAGGAAAUUCAAAUUCCCAUUAUGGGCUAUUAUAGCGAUUGCAGCAGGAGGAGGCGUUGCAGUUUUGGUUUUAGUUAUUAUCUUUGUCCUCUGCUGCUGUCUUAAGAAAGAAAGUGGUGAUAUAACUAGGAUUGAGAGAGGGAAGUCUUUCACUAACAGAAAUGGUCAGAAGCCAAGUGAGGAGUUUGGUAGUGGGGUGCUAGAUACUGAUAACAACAAGCUGGUUUUCUUUCAAGGCUCUUCUUAUAACUUUGAUCUUGAAGACUUGUUGCGUGCUUCUGCUGAGGUGCUCGGGAAGGGUAGUUUCGGAACAGCUUAUAAAGCAGUCUUGGAGGAGUCAACCACUGUGGUUGUGAAAAGGUUGAAAGAAGUAGCAGCAGUCAAGAAAGACUUUGAACAGCAAAUGGAGAUAAUAGAGAGAGUUAGUCAUCACCACAAUGUUGUCCCUGUUCGUGCUUACUUUUACUCAAAGGACGAGAAGCUUCUCGUGUAUGACUAUUUCUCCGGAGGUAGCUUAAUGUCCCUCUUACAUGGAAACAGUGGUUCUGGGAGAAUACCACUAGACUGGGAAACUAGAAUCAAGAUCGCCCUUGGAACUGCAAGAGGCAUUUCUCAUAUCCAUUCUUUUGGAGGCCCAAAGUUCAGCCAUGGAAACAUAAAGUCUUCAAAUGUUCUUAUCAACCACGAAAUGGAUGGUGUGAUAUCUGAUAUGGGGUUAGUCCCACUCAUGAACUUCCAUCCUGCACCACCAUCAUCCCAUGCUGCUGGAUACCGUGCUCCAGAAGUUGUUGAAACCCGAAAACACUCUCACAAAUCAGACGUAUACAGCUUCGGGAUCCUCCUACUUGAAAUGUUAACUGGGAAACAGCCAGUUCAAUCUCCAGGGAGAGGAGAGAUGGUGGAUCUGCCUAGGUGGGUUCAGUCAGUGGUGAGGGAAGAAUGGACAGCUGAGGUUUUUGAUAUCCAGCUCAUGAGAUUUCAUAACAUUGAAGAGGAGAUGAUGCAAAUGUUGCAGAUUGGUUUGGCUUGUGUUGUCAAGUCACCUGAUAGUCGACCCACCAUCCAUGAAGUUGUGAGAAUGCUGGAGCAGAUCCAGUUAUACAACUUUGAAAACAGGCCUCCCUCUGAAUAA